AUGGCGAGCGCUUGGCCUAAUAGCCAAGAAGACUAUGAGUUGUUAGAAGUAAUUGGUGUUGGUGCGACCGCUGUGGUUCAUGCAGCUUUGUGUAAACCUAGGAACGAGAAAUGUGCCAUCAAGCGAAUCAAUCUCGACAAAUGGAAUACUUCCAUGGAUGAGCUUUUAAAAGAAAUCCAAGCUAUGUCCUCAUGUAACCACGAGAAUGUAGUAACGUAUUACACGUCUUUUGUCGUCCGUGAGGAGCUUUGGUUAGUUCUACGGCUUUUAGAAGGCGGUUCGCUCCUCGAUAUAAUAAAGCAUAAAGUCCGCGCGACGAAUUGCCGUCACGGAGUUUUCGAUGAAGCUACAAUAGCUACCGUUCUUAAAGAAGUUCUACGUGGCCUUGAAUAUUUCCAUCAGAACGGACAGAUCCACCGAGAUAUCAAAGCGGGGAAUAUACUCCUAGGUGACGACGGUGCGGUACAGAUAGCUGACUUCGGAGUGUCAGCUUGGCUGGCAACCGGUCGGGAUUUGUCACGACAGAAAGUCCGCCAUACUUUCGUAGGCACCCCAUGCUGGAUGGCACCAGAAGUUAUGGAGCAAAACCACGGCUACGACUUCAAAGCGGACAUAUGGUCGUUCGGAAUAACUGCUAUAGAAAUGGCUACCGGCACAGCGCCGUACCACAAGUAUCCUCCUAUGAAAGUUUUAAUGUUAACUCUUCAAAACGAGCCUCCAACUCUUGAUACAGGAGCGGAAGAAAAAGACCAGUACAAAGCCUAUGGGAAGACGUUUAGGAAAAUGAUAUCCGAGUGUUUGCAAAAGGAUCCGACGAAGCGGCCGUCGUCGACCGAGCUGUUGAAGCAUGCGUUCUUCAAGAAGGCUAAGGACAGGAAGUAUUUGGUGCAGACGCUGGUGUCGACGGGGCCCAGCAUGGAGACGAGAGCACACAAGGCGUCGCGUCGGCAGCCCGGCGCUUCAGGGCGGCUGCAUCGGAUGGAGACAGGCGAAUGGGUAUGGGAAAGCGACGACGAAAACGACGACGACGAAGACAACGCCGCCCGCGACCGCCCCAUGAACACCCUCGCCCGCGCUGACUCCUCCGACGACGAGGACGAACCCACCACCGGCGCCGGAACCUUCACCAUAGGCUCCCUAGGAACCAGCAGCGAAGAACCUCCGCUCAUCAACCUGGUGCUCCGGAUGAGGAAUGAUAGGAAUGAGCUGAAUGAUAUCCGGUUCGAGUUCGCUCCGGGGAAGGAUUCUGCGGACGGUAUUGCUACGGAGCUGGUUGGAGCGGGCUUGGUGGAGCAGAGAGAUGCUGGCGCCGUAGCGGUGCACUUACAAAGGUUGGUGGACAACUGGCUGUCCCCGGGCGAGGCUGGCCCCAUUCGAACCGCCACGUUCCGUCUGGACGCCGCGCCCAUAGAGCCCCCCGACGAGAAGGGACUGAUCGGGUACGCGCAGAUUUCCAUCGUCGACUAAACUAGCAGCCACACAUCGGUGAAUCGUAUAUCUUCGUGAUAAAGAUGAAUUUACAAUGACAAGAGCAUGGUCGGCUUCAGACAGAUUUCCAUCGCCGAGGAGGAACUUAUUAGCCUCUACAAACGUCGUCGAUAAUCGUUAUAAUUAUUUAAAAUGGCAUGCCAUUACAAGGUCUAUCUUAUGUCUUUGCAGUAAGCAGGGUUGGGCAGUAUUUCAAUUACAUGUAUUUGAAAUACAUUUUAGUAUUUUGUAUUUGUAUUUCAAAUAUUGCACUCACAUGUAUCUUGUAUUUCAAAUACUUCAAGCUUCAAAAUACAUUUCUACAAAAUACAUUUUAUUAAAUUCCAUAGGAUCAUAAUCCUAAAAAGGAACGUUUUUUUUUUAAAUAUAAUGUACGACUUGUACGAGGGCAAAUAGGUACAAUGCGCGAGUUAUUUAUUCUGCGCGGAACUUUUCGUCAACAGCCAGGGGAUAGAGUCAUUGCAGUAGUUUCCGUCCAUGCUCUAGUUUUCGACCACUUGACAGAUAGGCAAAUAAUAUAUUUCAUUUUUAAUUUACUAUUUGCAGCAAUGUAGGUUUAUAUUCAAAUUUCGUCAAGUGGAUGAAAACUAGAGCUGGACGAAAACAAGCGCAAUGACCCUAUACGUUUUUAUAGGAAAUGAUAUUCGUUAAAAAAACUAAAUGAUUAAACAAAAAAAAUGAAAAGUAUUUUGUAUUUGAAAUACAUUAUUUUAAACACUGUAAUUUGUAUUUCAAAUACCAGUCUCCAAAGUAGUUUGUAUUUGGUAUUUCAAAUUUCUUUUAAAAAUGUAUUUUGUAAUUUGUAUUUGUAAUACGUGGAAGCCAGUAUUUUGCCCAACCCUGGCAGUAUGCUAUCUAUACGAUUAAUUCCCGGGUCGUUGACCGCACGCGCCGGUGAAACGACGGUUGGAUUGACAACUCUUAGAUUAUUGUUUUUUUUUAUCUAAUGCAGGGGUCGGCAAACUUGUGAAGAUGAGCCAACUGCAGUAAAUUUUAUGGGUGACGUAAAGCCGCUAUUGUACCUCCUCCGCAUGUGGCUCGCGGGCCGAGGUUUGCCGACCCCUGAUUUAAUGCAUAGACAUCGCUGCCGGCAUUAUACCUACGCAAGCGAACUCGCUUGGUGCUUGGUUUUUUUAAGCUUUAGAAUUAUUAGGGUUAUGUUUGUGGCAUAGACUAUCGAGUGUUGUUGAGAUAUUAUUUAAUUUUUCAAUUAAUUCGACGCUUACUUAAUGUGAACCAUGUUUUUAUUGCUAUAUGUAUGGCUUUAUUUUAUGUUAGGUGUAUAUACCCAUAUCAAAAUACAAUAACGAGUAUGGUUUUAUGUUUUAGUUAUUAUUUAAUUGAAUUGUGAAAUUUAGCCCUCAAUAAAUACUUAUGUAUUUUUCAUUCCGCUCAGGAGCAUUUUUUAUAUAUAAUAAUAUUAAUAAUGUCCUGAUGUCGAUAUUUGCUAAUAUUUAUUUGGACAUAAAUUACAAUGCAUCACAUUAUAUAAAUAAUUAAAAAUAUAUUUUACAAUAAUUAAAGUAUAAAAACUCCAUAACACUCUAUAAUCUAAAAUAAAAACGUAAACCCCAUAUCAUGUCUCGCUUUUUCGUGACGUCAUGAGUAGGGUAAACUACCCAUUAAUUUGCACUGAAAUGUAGCAGUCAUUGGCACUUUUGUAGAAAAGUAUGCUGCCUUAAGCCCCCAUUCGCACGACAGCUUAUUCAACGCGCGUUAAAAAAGCGCUUGAAGCUCUGUCCGCACUCUAAAUCCGAUUUAACGUCCAAGACUUAAAGUCGAAAAUCCAACAACGCUUGAUAAAAAGCGCCGCCGCUGUCGUGUGAAUACAUACAUGGCUAUCCAUUUGUGUCAUUCAAACGCUCGGAGUAAUUAACAAUGGAGCCGCAAUUAACAGGCGUUUCCCUCUGUCGAAAAUAGGCGGCCAAUGGUCAACCACGUCAACCGUAUGUAUGGACUGACGUUUAUCUGACAUGACGUACCUAUACAUUUGAUGUGCCCCUCCCCCGCAAAAAACGGCAGACUAUUUUGUACCGAAAAUUUUAGACAUGGCGUCUCCGUUGUUAAUUACUCCGAGUUCAAACGCUUUUUUAAAGCGCGUUGAAAAAGCUGCCGUGCGAAUGGGGCCUAACAUAAGGUUAGAGGUCCAACCUUGGGUAGGAUGCCAACGAUAGGAUACCUAUUUUCGACGCCCGGCGCGUCAAGUCUGUAUCUAUAACUAUAACUAAUUAAGUUACAUAUUGUUUAUACGCUCCGAAUACACAUUUUAUUGGUGAAUAAAGGAUUUAUGAUAGUUCUAUUGUUUUCAGCUCAAAGUAUGAAUUUCUGAAACGAAUUUUUGGGUUAUAUGCUGUGCUAAACGAAAACCGGUUAACGAAAGUAUAACCAAUCUUAAAAUUAAUCCCCACUAUAAAUGUAGUGCAUAAUUGUUUUCCAUCGUAUUUUCACGGAAACGUACGAACAUGUCUUGCCAUUUCAGUCAGUCUCAGUACAAAAAGUACUGAGGUUGACUGAAGUAGCAUGACAAAUACGGACGUUUCCGAGAAAAUACGAUGGAAAACAAUUAAGCACCUACAUCUGUACUAAUAUUUUUAGGCACACAUAUAAAUGUGUCUAUUAGGGAAAAUAAGGAUUUGCGAUCCGGAUCCAACUAGUAUGAAAACCGGAUUCGAUGGAUCAUCCGUACAAUUUGGAUCCGUGUAGCAUCCUAUACGACCCGGCCUAUACGAAGCGGCCCGCAAACCUCUCACUCGCGGCCCGCGAGCCCCCCUGGCUAUUUUGUAUGUAAUAUUGUCAAACAUCAAUGUCUGAUAAAGUCGCACAUUAACAAAAGUGCGGCCCGCGUCAACUUACUUAACUACUAUGUGGCCCUUGGCUGCUAAAAGGUUGCCGACCGCUGGGGGCUUUAAUUUUAAGAGUGGAUUUACUCUAGAACCCAUUUAAAGGAUUGUUUCAUAUCGCCGUUAGUUCCUACGAUUAGCCAUAGUGACUUAGAUGAAGUAGGUUUUUUUAAUGCGCCAUUUCCAAUGCGCUUUUAUUGCACAUUUAUCUAAAACUAAAGCAAGACCAACUGAACAAAUUGUUAAAAUAAUUAUAAAAGAGAUAACUAAACAAUAGGGUAAUUCGCCAGCAACUGGCCACCGGCCAAUAACUGGCCACCCUAAACUAAAAAUGAAUUAUAUUCACCUAUAAACUGAAUUAUUUUUAGUAUAAGGUUUCAAUAACUGGCCAGCCUUCAAUAACUAGCCACCUUAUACUAAAAUGAAUUCAGUUUAUAGGUGAAUACAAUUCAUUUUUAGUUUAGGGUGGCCAGUUACUAACAGGUGACCAGUUACUGACGAAUUACCCUACAUUGAAAAAAAUAUGUAGACACUUGCAGAUACAGGCGACUCGUCUGGCCUAGUGGGUAGUAAACCCUGCCUGUGAAGCCGAUGGUUCUGUGAUGAACACAUAUUUGUUCCUGAGUCAUGGGUGUUUUCUAUAUAAGUAUUAUACGUAUGUAUUUAUUUGUAUAACUAUGUAUAUCGUCGCCUAGGACUUUUAGUACAAGUAUUGCUUAGUUUGGAGCUAGUUUGAUCUGUGUAAGAUGUCCACUAAUUAUUUAUUGAGUAUUUAUAUAUUUUAUGCGUAAACACUUCUUGUUUUCUUGGUUUUGCUUUAGGGUCACCUACUUUUCUCUAUUUACUAUGAUUUCAUUUGGGAAUGGCCCAUAUUUUAAGCGCAUUUUCGUAGCUUUGUAAAUAAAAUGAAUAUGUCCCCGACAAUAAUCUUUCUGGAAGCAUUUCGUUACUAAUGAAAUUAUAUGAGAUGAACUUGUUAAAAAAAAAGUAUUAAUCGAUUGUCAAAUAUAUUAAGAACGGGUCACUCACGUAUUUUAAGUCGAAAAACGCUCGACAUGUUUCACUCCGUACCGAGGAGUCACCCAGACCCCCCAUCCCGAGGAGUCCGGAGGAGGAGGCGCCGGUCCGUCACCGUAAACGCAAGCUCCUGAUGACACUCCUCGGUACGGAGUGAAACAUGUCGAGCGUUUUUCGACUUAAAAUACGUGAGUGACCCGUUCUUAAUAUAUUUAAUAUGCUGAGUCUCACGGAAGUUUUGUUAUUAGAAUUACUCGAUUGUCACUCCCAUAGAGUAUCAUUAAAUACUCUUCCUCCUUAUUUUUUUUGAGUUAACACUACUGAAAUAACUAUUAUAAUUUAAUUUAUUGCUAGGAUGUAGGGUAAUUCGUCAAUUAGUAGCCACCGGGUUAUAACUGGCCACCUUAAACUAAAAAUGAAUUAUAUUCACCUUUAAACAGAAUUCAUUUUAGUAAGUAUAAGGUUUCAAUAGCUAUAGCCACCUUAUAGGUACUAAAAUGAAUUCCGUUUUUAGGUGAAUAGAAUUCAUUUUUAGUAUAAGGUGGGGUGGCCAGUUAUUAAACAGGGGCCACUAAUUGACGAAUUACCCCAUUACACUGAGAAUGUAUCGUAAUUUAAAUUUAAAUUGCAAAAGGUUUUUUUUUAUUGUAAAAUACGUUUAUUUCAUAUAAUUUCAUUUUUUCUCGCUUAUAUUAAAAUACUGCCUUAGCAACGCCUUCACAAGUCCGUGUAAGAUUAUUAGAUUACAAAUAAAGACAUAAAAAUAUAGAUAUGUAUGGUGCAAGAGAGAUUGACUAAAUGCAAAAAGUCAUUUUUUUAUGUGAUAAUUUUUGUUGGAAGUCUCAUUCUGAAAAUCUUGUAAUGAACUAUUUAACGAAUAAUUUGCAUUGCUGGAAUGCAUUUUUUUAUUAAAUUAUAAUGUUGUAUUACUAUCUCUUUCUAUAACAUCACUUUCUUUCUUCGGCCUUUACUUUAGUAGAAAAAGUACUAAGUCAACAAUAUAUGGAAAAGUUGACAAUAAUAAAUAAUUGUAAAACUAAAGAAUAAAGAUGCAUAUAUUUUUGUCAUGCUUUCUUUUUCGAAUCUAUUGAUUAAUCGGUCAAUGUGGGAAAGACCGGCAUGUAAAUUUUUUAGUUGGGAGAACCGUCAUAGGUCUGUAUCUUUAGGUAUUUAAAUAAAAGUAAACAAACAAUGCGUAAAUUUUCGGGUAGUUAUAACAUUUAUUGGUUAACCAGCCAAAUACAAAACCGUCUGGAUCAGUCACUGAACGACUUUACUUUUACCUACAUUAUUUGAUCAUGUAAUGUUUUCAUCUAGCGUCAACUGGCUUAAGGAGCCGUUGAGGAUAGAUUUUAUUUAAGAGCAUUUCUCAAAUAGGUUGCCAAAUGUGUAAGGAAAUCUGGUAACAAAAAAGGAAUGUUUCAUACAAACUUUCUGGGACAUUUUGGGAAAUAUGGUGGAAGCUGUUCAGCUUGAUGUACUUUACCAGAAUACCAAUUUUUAUUGAAAUCUAAGAGGCAAUCGAAAUGUACAACCUUUUUGAGAAAUGCUCUUAAAUACCUAAAAAUACAGAGCUUAUUAGUAAUAGGGAAAAAUCUCUCGUAUUUGUAUACGUACGUAGCUCAGACACAGUCAGAAAGGAAGAGCUUCGCUCCUUCUGUUCUAGCGACCUGUAUGCGGAGUAGGUAUACCUGUACAAACUUAACGGCAAGGCCACGACAUUGCGCGACUGCCUUCAGCUAAGGCGACAACGAUAGGUUGGAGUGAGACACAGCGAUGGGAUCUUCCGUUCCCACCUAUGGUUUUCGCCUUAGCCGAAACCGAAAAAGCAUGUAGACGGUCUUUCCCGCAUUUACCUUACGAGUGGAAAAGGACGGCAAUAGUGAAUUACGAGACGUUGUGACUGUUUUCAUAUCAUUUAGUCAUACAUUUUGUAUUACGAAGGCUCUUCAUAAAACUUGUGCAAGUGCCAUAAUAGACUGGACACUGUCAGUAAUAAUAUUAAUUGUGUACCUACAGACACAAAGCUGCAUACCCACAUAAGAUGAAUUCCUUUUUAAAAGUGGGUAGGCAGUUUUGCAGCUCGAUGUGCCUAGUUAAUACUAGAAAUUACUAAUAUGAUUUUAUUACUUACCCUAUUAAAAAUUAUCUGAAAUAUCGGUUCAAUAACCAGUGCAGUGGUUUCAUUGAUAAAUGACUGUAUUAUGCAAUUAAAAAAAACGAUUACAUCAUCUUGACCCACACAAAAGGGAUCAAAAUUGGCAUUAGCACUUACUUUUUUUGCUCCCCUAUAAACCUAAAGGGUUCUAAAUAUUAUUACUGAUGGUGCUGCCAUCUAUUGAAAUCAUAAUGAGACAUGUAAGAAUUGUAUAUCAAAUACGCUAGGGGUGGUAGAUCUAGUAUUAUAUUAGUAACGAUAUAGAUGUUUCCUAUUAUAUGUACUAUGACAUGCACAUUGGAGUUGGCGGGAGAAAGAAUGCUUUUUGUAAGCAUUUUUUGUUUUAGUUUCUCAAAGGGAAUUAGAACUAUUGGCAAUGAACUGUCAAUGAGUCACAUUAAAACCCCUUAUUCAUAAACGCGCACAUUUGUCCUUAUCUGUCAUUUUGACUUAUGUAUUUGUAAGAAAGGGAUAAAACAAUUUAACUAAAUCAGGCCCAUUUUAUGGAUAAGGGGGUAAGUGUUUACAGACGGCCGCACUGGACCGCGACCUUGGUGCGGUCCGGCGCACGUUCGAUAGUGGGUGGUCCGCCAUACGUCUGUUAAGGACGCAGCUAUAAGCGAGAGCGAAAAAGAGAUAUUUUGGGCGUGUGUACAACUUCUGUCCUUGUAAAAUUAGUUUCUUUCGUCUUGGUUUUUUGCUAUUGGGGCUAAAAUCGAUAUUUAUAUUUCAACUAAAUCAACCAUUACAAAAUGGUAGUCCGGGAACUAAUAUUAGUUAUAUAUAUGCAUUUUGAGGAAUUAUUUAUAUUACAAUCAAUAAUUAUUCAGAGCCCAAAGAAUAUUGAAAUGGUGGUCGAUCGGUAAAAACAUUUAAAAAAUAACUUAUAUGCCUACGUUAUAAGGUUAUUUUUACGUUAAAAGCAAAAAACUUAUUUAAGUAGUUUGCUAAAGCGUUCUCUCUCCCGCUCACACGUGGUUCUUUCGAGCCGCGGUUUACAUUGUUAUUUGUUUGUUGCUUAUUUUGAGGUAUUUUUAAUAAUAAAACGCAUAAACUUUU